CAUCCCAAAAAAACCAAACACGAUUCCAUUUUAUUUCGUUUGCAAGCGUAUUUAAUCGAAAUUAAACAAUUUAAUUAAUUAAACAUUAAUAUUUACUAAUAAAUAAAAUCAUUUACGAUGGGAACUAAACGUGUAUCAAAUAGUGUUGUUUUAGCUCAAGAAAUUAAACGCUCCAGACAUGAUAUCGUUGCAUAUUCCAACAGAGACAAGGCUUUACUAGAAGCGGGAGUUCAAAGGACAUCUAAUUUAUCUGCUUCCAUUAUGCUACUUGAGGGUCAUCAAGGUGAAAUAUAUACUUGUGAAUUCCAUCCCGAUGGAGAACUACUCAUGUCUUCUGGCUACGAUAGACAAAUAUAUAUAUGGAAUGUGUAUGGAGAGUGUGAGAAUAUAAUGGCCAUGUCUGGUCAUACUGGAGCUGUAAUGGAGGCUCAUUUCUCAACAGAUGGAGCCAAUAUUUACACCUGCUCUACUGACAAAACCCUUGCAAUCUGGGACAUUGUCACAGGAACUAGAAUACGUCGACUUAAAGGUCACACUACGUUUGUGAAUUCAGUUCAUGGAACCCGAAGAGGUGUUCAAAUGCUAUGCUCUGGUUCGGAUGAUCGAACUGUAAGAAUUUGGGAUGCCCGUAAGAAAUUUCCAGCGCAUACCUUCGAAAGCAAUUAUCAAGUGACUGCAACUUGUUUCAAUGACACCGGUGAACAAGUUAUCUCGGGAGGAAUUGACAAUGAAAUUAAAAUCUGGGACAUUCGUCGCAAUGAUGUAGUCUAUAGGUUGAAAGGUCAUAUGGACACAGUUACAGGCAUUUCUCUGUCUCCUGAUGGAUCUUAUAUCCUAUCAAACUCAAUGGACAAUACACUGCGGAUUUGGGAUAUUCGUCCGUAUGUCUCGGGUGAGAGGUGUGUUAAAAUAUUUAACGGAAAUCAACAUAACUUUGAGAAGAAUUUACUGAGGUGUGCCUGGUCAUCGGAUGGCAGCAAAAUAUCAGCAGGUUCUUCUGAUCGACAUGUGUACAUUUGGGAUACAACAAGUCGUCGGAUUUUAUACAAAUUACCUGGGCAUAAUGGUAGUGUUAAUGACGUAGAUUUUCAUCCUAAAGAACCAAUCAUUCUAUCGGCAUCAAGCGAUAAGAAUAUGUUUUUGGGGGAAAUAGAAGAUUAAGUAAUAAUUUUUAUACCAUUUCUGAUAUCAAUAUAAAAGAGUUCAAACAAA